AUGAUCAAGGCAUGGUCUUGGGCUGCGGCGGCACUCGCUUACGUCGUCAUUCCAGCUCACUGUGCUACUAUGACAGUACCAAAGAACAACUUGGCGCUUGAGACAAAAUAUGAAACAAAGCUAUUUCGGUUCGAUAUACCGGAAGGCAAUCUUUCUGGGCUAGAGGACUACAUUUCUUUACAAAAGCGACAAGAGGCACUUCCGAGCGUACUCUAUCGGGGCAGUGGCAGUUCCCCCGAGGAUGUCAAGGCGCGUGGUGGCUUCAUCCCUCGGGAAGAGGGAGGACCAAUUAUCAAUGAAACCUUUGGCCUGCGGUUACAUCAUCUGGGAUACAGUCGUACUGUAUAUACUUCCACGUCGAGAUCGUUCGGCGUAGCUCUCGGCUACAGCUUGAAGGGGCAGGAUGAUGGCUGGAUCUACAAGAUUCAACCUACGCCAAAUAUGAUUGACUUGAAUGGCUCGGGCUUCAAGCUCCAGUUCACGUCCGAAGAAGAGUUUUCUGCCCUGGGCGGUAUUCACUACGACCAGAUUGAAGCGUGGAUGCCCCUGUCCAAGAGCGACCUGAAAGAGAAGUUGACGAUGGCACAUGUUUACGAGUUUCACGAUUUUGAGACAUUCUCUGCCAAAAAUCCUGAAAAGAAGUGGACGGUCAAUCCUGACUAUAACCAGAAUUAUGACUCGCUGGCCGCAAGCCCCGGACAGCCGCAGCUUGCUGGAGACCCUGACAAUUUGGACAAGUACAACGACAAGACACUAGAGGAAUACGCCACUGAGUUCAUGCAAAAGAAUGGCGCUGCAGUUGGUUGGGAUGGCACGUUCCCUCUUAGCUCUUUGAAAACACCAGAGUCGCCAUCGGAGCCUGUUGCGUCUCUUCCUGCGCAAACCCCAUCGACCGGCAAACCUAACCCCUGGGCGAUGGAGGCUGAGCUUUGCGCCACGGGCCCGGACGGCAAAGGGAAAUAUGGCAUGGAUAGAGAUGAAUGCCACAUCCAGGUUGCGCAGUGCGUGUUUGAGGCACAGGGAUCUCCGGAUGCUAAUUGGGAGACAAUUACCAAGUGCAUGGAUACAAAGUUCUAG